AUGGACACUAGAGGACAUGGUCCCUAUGGACGGAAAAAUAGCGAUUGUGACUGGGGGAAACGGAGGAAUUGGAUACCAGGCGACGAAAACCACAAAUGCAAUGACCCACAGAAUCUCCUCAAAAGUGGCGCAAAAGUCUACAUGGCCUCCCGAGACUCGCCAAAGAGCCAUGACGCUAUCAAACGACUCAAAGAGGAGACCGGCAAGCAUGCGCUAUACUUUCUGCCCAUAGAUUUGUCGGAUCUACGAGACGUUCGAAAGGCAGCCAAGGAGUAUCUAAGCAAAGAAUCUACGCUGGACAUCUUGAUGAAUAAUGCAGGCGUCAUGGCUGCACCUGCUGAUCAACUCACAAAGGAUGGAUACGACCUUCAAUUCGGAACGAAUGUCCUUGGUCACUUUCACUUUACUAUGCUCCUCUUACCAGCCCUCCUCGCGACACCAAACCCACGCGUCAUCAAUGUCAGCUCUCGCGGACAUCUAUUCGCGCCAUCCAGCGGAUUCUUUUGGGAUAAACUCAAAGGUCCCAAAAAAGGGACGUGGAUUCCCGGCCUCAACUUCAUUGAACGGUACCAAUUGUACGGCCAAAGUAAACUUGGGAACAUCCUCUUCUCCAAUGAACUCGUGCGCAGGUAUGGAGACAAAGGUCUCAUAGCCAUCUCCGUUCACCCAGGAGUGAUCCGAACCGACCUCGGCCGCAAUCAUAAUUCCCUCAAUCGCUGGGUGUACUGGCAUUUGGCCCAGCCAGUAGAGUAUGGCGCUUUGACCCAGCUCUAUGCAGCUAAUGUCCCGGAUGCAAAGGAAUUGUCGGGAAAGGCAUGUUCUUUCGACUAUUUGGAGCCCGUAGCAAAAGUUACAACGCCCUCUUCUCUUGCAACCAACCAGGAACUUGCAAAAAAGAUGUGGGAGUAUUGCGAACAGGAGCUCAAGGAAUUCUAG